UUCCUGGUGGACCAGUUUUGCAGCCUCCGAUGGCGCUUUCCCUUCGAAUUUGUUCGUCUCCCUUAAUCUGCAAAGCCACUCUCACUAGCGCCAAUAACAAAGGCAGCAACCACCACACGCAGGAUGCCGCGUUCAUUCGACGCGCCGCCGAUCUGGCUGACAUGUCCGCCGGUCGUACCUCGCCUCACCCUAACUUCGGGUGUGUAAUCGUCACUUCCGCUGGUAAAGUCUCCGGAGAGGGAUAUCUCUACGCGCAGGGCACUUCUCCGGCGGAGGUGCAGGCUGUUGUGACCGCUGGCGAGAAUUGCAGAGGCGCGACGGCUUAUCUGAACAUGGAGCCCGGUGAUUGUCAUGGAGAUUACACGGCCGUCUCUGCUCUUGUUCAGGCAGGAAUCAGACGGGUUGUAAUUGGGAUAAGGCACCCACUGCGACAUCUGAGAGGCACUGCUAUACGUGGGCUGAGAAGUCAGGGAAUUGAAGUCAAUGUUCUUGGAGAGGACCUUCAGAGUAAAGUUCUCGAGGAUGCUCGGAAAUCAUGCCUUCUUGUAAAUGCUCCACUGAUUCAUAGAGCCUGUUCUCGUGUUCCAUUCUCAGUUCUUAAGUAUGCUAUGACUCUUGAUGGCAAGAUUGCAGCUACUAGUGGACAUGCUGCAUGGAUAAGCAGCAAACUUUCUAGAACCCGGGUCUUCGAGUUGAGGGGAAAAAGUGAUGCUGUGAUAGUUGGAGGAAAUACUGUUCGCAGGGAUGAUCCACGAUUGACUGCAAGACAUGGAGGUGGUCAUACACCUACUCGAAUUGUAAUGACUCAGAGUCUUGAUCUUCCUGAGAAAGCCAAUCUCUGGGAUGUAUCUGAAGUAUCUACAAUAGUUAUUACCCAAAGGGGUGCAAGGAAGAGUUUCCAGAAAUAUCUAGCAUCCAAGGGAGUUGAAGUGGUGGAGUUUGACAUGCUAAAUCCAAGAGAAGUUAUGGAAUAUUUCCAUGACCGUGGAUAUCUUUCUAUUUUAUGGGAAUGCGGAGGAACCUUAGCUGCAUCCGCUAUUUCAUCUGGUGUUAUCCACAAGGUUGUUGCUUUUGUUGCCCCGAAAAUUAUUGGUGGGAGGAAUGCUCCCUCACCUGUUGGUGACCUGGGGAUGGUGGAAAUGACACAAGCAUUGAACGUAAUUGAUGUUUGCUACGAACAGAUUGGACCUGACAUGCUUAUCAGCGGAUUUCUUCAGCCCAUACCUGACCUUUUACCGGUUAUCCCUUCAGAGGAUGCAACUUUUGCCAUCGAUCCUACCGUUAAUCCAUAUGAAUCUGACAUCAUAUUCUUCUACAAAACAUGGGACCCUUAUGGAAGUUUCUCAAAUUUUUCUCCUCAUCCAAUUCGAAUGGCCAUUGGGAAUGGUGAUUAUGCUACGUGGCUAAGUGUGGAGCACUAUUAUCAGGCACACAAGUUCAAAGGAGUUGACAAUCCUCUGUCCCGCGAUUGCAUUGAGAAAAUAAGGGCGUCAAAAAGUCCUGAAGAAGCAGCUCGAAUAGGAAGAUCAAUGCAGAGACAGCAUCCUGAUCUGGUUCGAGGGGACUGGGAAAAUGUGAAGAUAGAAGUGAUGUACACUGCACUGAAAUGCAAGUUCUCUAUGUAUCCUUACCUGAAAUCGAUGUUACUCUCAACCGUUGGAUCUGUUCUCGUGGAAGCUUCACCGCACGAUCUUUUCUGGGGAGGUGGCCGCGAAGGAGAAGGGCUUAACUACCUUGGUCGGCUGCUUAUGCAUCUGCGUUCGGAGUUUCUGGGUGAGUCUUCUGCUUCAGACCAAAGCUUUGUAACAUUGCAGUAGAUUCUGUUAAAGUCAUCAGUAUUGAUUCAUUACUGUUUACUUUGUGUAACGUUGGAGACACUUGCAUGAUUGGCUUCAAUCCAAAAUGUUUGUGUUAUUCAAGUUA